ACUUAAUGGUCUCGGAACAGUUAUGUUCUACCUGAGACACACCAACGUUCACUAUUAAAGUGGCGAUUUUUUUCAAGAUAUAGUUAAGUCCAAAUGGUGGGAAUUGAAUUAAUUGGCCAUACUAUCUGUCUCGAUCGUGAUUUUAGGCCCGGCGACAUUAGCAAGUCUUUAACAUGUGUCUCUUCGAACGUUUAGAUUACGCACUGUAUGUGUUCGAUGAAAUGCCUGACCGAAAUGUGAGAGUUCAAAGCUACGCUCUUUUUAUCUGGAGAUAAAAGGAGUCUCAGGAAUCGCUUGUAGAUCCUAUAAAAUAGAAAGUGAACUGCUCAAGCCUAAGCUCUCCAGUUGUUUCUUUUUUUAAUUGGUCUUUGGUCUAUAUUUGAGUUCUUGCAUCUCGGUAAGUCGGUAUAUUGGCUUACACACGAGAUGACGAAUCACAGUUCCAUCUUUUUUAUUGAUUCAGAGUGUAGACGUCUACCUCUCACUGAGUCUGGUCAAUUUUGCGUGGUUUGAUUGGGUAAAAGUUUGGAGUUCUUGGUUCAGACAAUGAAAGGUAAGAGCUACAAAUUUUCAUCUUUUGAUUGGUUCAAACUGUUGAUGACUAUCUAUUAUUGGUUGUAUCAAAGACAUGAAAGUGACACAAUGUUUCUAUAUGAGGCCAACCGUUGCAUGGUUUAUUUGGAAGAAAGUUGGAAUUUUUAAGAUUCAAUUCUUUGGGUUCAACUUGUAAUAAAGUUGUUUUAUAAACAAGGUUUAAGUUGAUUGUGAAUAAAGUAAUGCAGAAUCUUGGAAGAUGGGUGCUGUGGUCAACACUGUUUAGAGAAUUAUUGUUUAUUAAGUACUUGAGUUUGUUUUCGUGGAUUACUUUCUCUUGCACUAAUCUGAAGAAGAUUGUUCUUGGAGACACAAGGAGCACACAUGAUGACGAGGUUUGCUUGUUUGCACCUCUUUACCAUGUUCUUGUUUACCUUGCUCUCAGGUUCAAGUUCUGCAGUUAUAACGACAGAAAGUCCUUUGUCAAUGGGACAAACUCUCAGCUCCGCUAAUGAGGUUUAUGAAUUGGGGUUCUUCAGUCCUAAUAACACCCAAGAUCAGUAUGUUGGAAUCUGGUUCAAGGAUACCAUUCCCCGGGUUGUUGUGUGGGUGGCCAAUAGAGAGAAGCCUGUUACAGACUCUACGGCAUAUCUAGCUAUAAGCAGCAGUGGAAGUCUUCUGUUACUUAAUGGCAAACAUGGCACUGUGUGGUCUAGUGGAGUAACUUUUUCCUCUAGCGGGUGUCGUGCAGAGCUUUCAGAUAGCGGAAAUCUUAAGGUCAUAGAUAAUGUUUCGGAAAGAGCUCUGUGGCAAAGCUUUGAUCAUCUUGGGGAUACACUGCUACAUACCUCAUCCCUGACGUAUAACCUCGCCACCGCUGAGAAGCGGGUGUUGACUUCUUGGAAAAGUUACACCGAUCCAUCACCUGGCGACUUUUUGGGCCAGAUUACACCUCAAGUGCCAUCACAGGGGUUCGUUAUGAGAGGGUCAACGCCUUACUGGAGAAGCGGUCCAUGGGCUAAAACAAGGUUCACUGGGAUACCGUUUAUGGAUGAAUCAUACACAGGUCCAUUCACCCUUCACCAGGAUGUAAACGGGUCAGGAUACUUGACUUAUUUUCAAAGAGACUACAAACUUUCACGUAUAACUUUAACAUCAGAGGGAUCAAUAAAGAUGUUUCGGGAUAAUGGAAUGGGCUGGGAAUUGUACUAUGAGGCUCCAAAAAAAUUAUGCGAUUUUUAUGGUGCGUGUGGACCAUUUGGGUUGUGUGUUAUGUCACCUUCUCCCAUGUGUAAAUGCUUCAGAGGUUUUGUACCAAAAUCUGUUGAGGAGUGGAAAAGGGGAAACUGGACUGGUGGUUGUGUGAGGCAUACCGAACUAGAUUGUCUAGGAAACUCUACUGGCGAAGAUGCAGAUGACUUCCAUCAAAUUGCCAACAUAAAGCCUCCAGACUUUUAUGAAUUUGCAAGUUCUGUGAAUGCUGAAGAAUGCCACCAACGUUGCGUCCACAAUUGUUCUUGCUUGGCAUUUGCUUAUAUUAAGGGAAUAGGGUGCCUAGUGUGGAACCAGGACCUAAUGGAUGCCGUACAAUUUUCUGCAACAGGAGAACUUCUUUCCAUUCGUCUUGCACGAUCUGAGCUAGAUGGAAAUAAGCGCAAGAAGACUAUUGUUGCUAGUAUAGUGAGCCUGACUCUAUUCAUGAUCUUGGGCUUCACUGCGUUUGGUGUCUGGAGAUGCAGAGUGGAACAUAUCGCUCAUAUAUCAAAGGAUGCAUGGAAGAAUGAUCUGAAACCACAAGAUGUCCCAGGUUUAGAUUUCUUUGAUAUGCAUACCAUUCAAAACGCCACCAAUAAUUUUAGUCUAUCAAACAAACUCGGACAAGGUGGAUUUGGUUCAGUUUACAAGGGAAAGCUGCAAGAUGGGAAAGAAAUUGCUGUUAAACGGCUUUCUAGCAGCUCUGGACAGGGAAAAGAGGAGUUUAUGAAUGAAAUAGUACUCAUCUCAAAACUCCAACACAGAAACUUAGUCAGGGUUUUGGGAUGUUGCAUCGAAGAAGAAGAGAAGCUAUUGAUUUAUGAGUUUAUGGUGAACAAAAGCCUUGAUACCUUUCUCUUUGAUUCAAGAAAAAGGCUGGAGAUUGAUUGGCCAAAAAGAUUUGAUAUCAUUCAAGGUAUUGCACGUGGACUUCUCUAUCUCCACCAUGACUCACGCCUCAGAGUUAUUCACCGAGACCUGAAGGUCAGCAACAUCCUUCUGGAUGAGAAAAUGAACCCAAAAAUAUCAGAUUUUGGAUUGGCUCGGAUGUAUCAGGGGACCGAAUAUCAGGAUAACACUCGCAGGGUUGUAGGAACUCUAGGAUAUAUGUCUCCAGAGUAUGCAUGGACUGGGAUGUUCUCUGAGAAAUCUGACAUCUACAGCUUCGGAGUUCUAAUGUUAGAAAUCAUCAGUGGAGAGAAGAUCUCAAGAUUCAGCUAUGGCGUAGAAGGAAAAACCCUUAUUGCAUAUGCGUGGGAAUCUUGGUCUGAAUACAGAGGAAUUGAUCUUUUGGACCAAGAUCUUGCUGAUUCAUGUCACCCAUUAGAAGUUGGGAGAUGUAUUCAAAUCGGCUUGCUCUGUGUACAACACCAACCUGCAGACAGACCCAACACACUUGAGUUGCUGGCUAUGCUCACCACAACAUCAGAUCUUCCAUCACCAAAACAACCCACAUUUGCAUUUCACACGAGAGAUGACGAAUCACUGUCUAACGAUUUGAUCACCGUCAAUGGGAUGACGCAAUCUGUGAUCCUUGGGCGUUAA